AUGUCGUCGAGCCGCUCAAACUCUCAAAAUGAAGUUCGCAACCACAUUUUUUUCAAUGAGAUUGAAUCUGGUUUACGCAAGGAGGAACUGGUUUUCAGAGUCAUACAUUUCUGGGAGGCAAGAAACCCAACAAAAGGUGGCUUACUGAUGGGCCUGGAGCUGCUUCUCAUCGAUGAACAAGGCACUGUCAUACAAGGGUUCAUUGCUCCAAACCGAAUGGGCCUCUACGAUGAAAUCCUCAAACGAAACUCAAUCUACAGGCUCAAUAACUUCUUUGCCACCAACAACAAACACAUCUACAGAGUUACAGACCACAACUUCACAAUCUGCUUUACCGACCUAUCCAUCUUAACUGAACUCUCCCAAGACGCCUACUCCAUAGACGCCCAAAGCUUCAAGUUUCAAUCAUUCAAGGACUUUGAGGCCAAAGCAGAUAUGAGAGGAGAUUUAUACGGUAUUGCCUUCAUCUAA